CGGUUCAGCGGCAAUUUUUACAUCACUUCCGGUUUUCUCAGAGGGAGGGUGUCUGUCAAUUUUGGGGAACAGGCGGAUGUAAAGCAAACACUUAAGUGUCCUUGUAGCCAGUUUUGUGUCGACACUGUUUAUAUACAAACACCAAGAUAGACAGUGUUUGAAGGAUGUCAGGAAACUACUACUUCGUUAUAGUAGGACACUAUGACAACCCAAUAUUUGAGAUGGAAUUUUGCCCUCCCAAUAAGGCAAAUGAUCCAAAGAGAGAUGAUCAUCGCCACCUAAACCAGUUUAUUGCCCAUGCGGCUCUUGAUCUGGUAGAUGAGCAAAUGUGGGUCACCAACAACAUGUAUCUCAAGAUCGUGGACAAGUUCAACGAGUGGUUUGUCUCAGCAUUUGUGACAGCUGGGCGAAUGAGAUUGCUGAUGCUCCAUGAUAUUAAGAAUGAAGAUGGCAUAAAAAACUUCUUUACAGAAACAUAUGACACUUACGUAAAGUUGGCCAUGAACCCCUUCUAUGAAAUAAACACUCCCAUCAAGUCAUCACCAUUUGAGAAGAAGGUCCAGUUCUUUGGCAGGAAGUAUCUCACAGGUUGAUAAGAAGACGAUCACUGUUAACUUUUUAAAGUGGGAGAGGACCAUGUGUUGUGAUACAGAGUGGAUGCUGUCAAGCAAAAGGUGUUUGUCUGUUAUUUGUUUAUUGAUUUUAUUGUGUAACCAUUAAGACAAGUGUUCUGUAGCAGAUGUGAUUGCUACCUGGAGAUACACACUAUGGUUGUCAUUGAACGUUUGUGCAAUAAAGUGCAUGUUGACAUUGAUUUAUACAUGGCUUGUUGUUGAAGAAGAUGGGACAAGUGAUGGUGUGGUACUGGGCUAGAAUAGGUCUUCAGCAACCCAUGCUUGCCAUAAAAGGCAACUAUGCUUGUCAUAAGAGGCGACUAACAGCAUUGGGUGGUCAAUCUUGCUGACUAGGUUCAUGCAUGUCAUCGUUUCCAAUUGUGUGGAUCGAUGCUCAUGAUGUCAAUCACUGGAUUGUCUGGUUCAGACUCGAUUAUUUCCAGACUGCUGUCAUAUAGCUGGAAUAUUGCUGAGUGCGGUGUUAAAAAACAAACAAACUAAUUGUAUAUUACAGGAUGUUAUUUAUUAAAUACACUUGUGAAGUGUGCUUCAUUGGUAUUCCAGAUCAGAACAGGUCCCUAGUACUUCACGCUUGUACAUGUUGCAAGAGAUGACUAAACUUGGGAUGAGCUCUGUGACUUAAUUAAUUGCUUUUAUCUGGUCUAUCUAUUUCAUUGUCAUUCUAGAAGUUGACGAGUAAAUAAGAAAACAGAACAUUAUGAAUAACAACUUCUGUUUUUUUGCAUUUAGAAAUGUUUUCAUGUACAUUCUUUCACUGUUAUCAAGCUGAAGUGAUAACCAUGAUAACGGUGUGAGAAUCAACAUUAAAACAUUGCUAAAUGCAAUAAACCAGUAGUUGUUAUCCACAACGUUGUGUUUUCUUAUCUGGUCAAGACUUGAUUUCUCACCAUGAUACAGCUGAAAUAUUGCAGACUGUCACAUUACACAUCAUUCAUUUUGAAGUUCAUCUCUCUGUUGGUCUGCCUCACCCUGAUUAUGUUUCUAUGUUUGUCAGCACCAUACCCGUGCUCGUGGGUUUCACCAAAGUGGUAAUCGUCUGAAACCUGCACCACUUCUGGCUUUCCUCCCACAUUAAGCUGACAGGCUGCGAUAUAACUGGACUAAGCGGUGUUAAACUAAAGUCACUCACUCUCUCUGUUGUCUUACCACAUUAAUCAACCAAAAGCCCAUUUCACAUUCCCUACACCUUGUACAUGAGUUUCUAACUACAUGAACUAGAUCCCAUGAUAAAGUACUCUGUAAUGUCUGCCCCUGCCCUGAUGGUUUCUUCUCAGAAAGUAUAAGAUAUAGUGUCAGUUUACUCUGAUUCCAGACAUGGGUACAAUGUGUGAAGACCAUUUCUGGUGUGCCCUGCCGUGAUAUUGAUGGAAUAUUGCUGAAAGCGGUGUAAAACCGUACUCACUCACUACUCUGAACAAAUAUAGCUAUUAGUGGGGUCUAGAAUUAAACAGACCACACAGGAACUGUUCAGUGUGACACUACCAUGAAAUUAUGAUUUUUACAAAUACAUGUAAUACAAUUCUACAUUACAGCAUACUGCCAGAUUCCACAACUCAUAUUUAAUAUGUACAGAAUAUCAGUGAUGUUACAGUAUAUUUACUGUAAUGGAUGCAUGGAAUAAAAUAUCAAACAAAA